AUGAUUGAUAUUAUCAUCGAUAAACUCAGCUUUACAAACGUUACUGGAUAUGGCAUCGCCGAUUAUCUUGAGAAAAUGCUCUUUGCAAAAACUACUUUACUCUUUUCCAAUAAUGAAUUUGGACACAAUAUUGGUAAAACACUAGAAGAUGAUAAAAAUAAUGCUUCAACCAGCUGGUAG